CUUGAAACGCGCGGCUUCGCGGCCUCUUCCCGCGCGUCGCGACGCCCACGUCCGCCUCGACGCGCCAAAACGCCGACACACCUGCGUACACCUGAUCCGUAACGGGCGCCCGCGGUUCCCGAAGUGACUCGCGGCACCCCACGCAACCGGCAUGCACGCAACCCUCGCGCGCCGCGUUUCACGCCCGCGGAAAUUAUUUCUCACGUGCACGUCCGGCUGACCGCCCAUCAAUCCGCGGUAAUAGACAUCUCGUGCGACGAUCGACAAGCACCCCCGAAACCGCAUUGUUCCCGAGGAAAUGAUACGAUUGCUCCAUUAGUCCCGGAAAUUGUACGUGCUCGGUUUGAUGACAGUGUCGCCAGACCGUUUCGUUGGUGCAGAUUGCGCGGACAGUGCGACCUGACUACUGAAAGUUCAGGAUAACGGCAACGUUUGUUCGCCUUGGUUGCUUUGCGUUUGUUUCCACGUAGAAUGGUCGGAUUGGUUACUUUGACUCGUUUGUUUACGAUGUGCCGAGGCAACGUGGCACGAGCCUGGACCGUAGGGUCUUCGCCAGGCUGCAAAUAGGAAUUCGAUGGAACUAUAGCCGUACAACAGUGUAUGUACUAUGCUGUGACCGAUGUUUAUCGCGAGUAGAAAUAGUGUUCCAGAGUCGGACACACGAAUCGAUCCCACUUUAAAAGGUAUCACAGAACAGUCGUAACACUUGCACGAAGAAUCGUUAGCCCCUUUUGUUAAUGCGGUUAGUUCCGAAGAAUCCCGCGUGCCAUCGCGUUAUCGUUUAACCUGCCAUUGCAGAACGACGCCCGUUCUUAAUUAGCAUAUCUCGUGGAAACGCGCACGUAGCCGACCAGUAGUUCGUUUGUGUCGAUGCUGAAAUCGGGUUCCAACUGAAACUUUUGUGGACUGUAAAGCGUGAAAUUGCCUUCGGCAAAGACAUUGGACAGUGUGCAAAUACCGUUCUCCCGAAGAAACAAGCUGUGACACGCAGAAUGGACUAACGAAGGGAAGAAUAAUACCGACUGGACGUACGGGUCACGAUUUCGCCGACCGAUAAACGGAGGACUCAUGGAUGAACGCACGAUGGACACAUGAAUCGAAGCCAUCAUGGUUGAACUCGAAUUGAUCCUGCUGCUGCUGGCAUCAUCGCGCUACCUCGUCCAUCCGAUCGAUGGCGCGACUCGGAACGAGAAGCCGGCCGCCGAAGAGACCCGGAGCCAGAAUAAUGUUCUUUCUUCGGUGGCUGCAUCUGCCAAGAAUGUCCUGGCUCAGACCGGCGGCAGCGCUAUGCUACCCUGCAGAUUCACUGGCCCCGGAAUAGUGACAUGGAGCAGACGAAGAGACAGACAGUUGCUAACAGUGGGCAGACACACCCAUUCCAUCGAAGAUCGGUUCGUUGUCGUCCCGGAUAGUCCAGACUGGAACCUCAAGAUAAAGAACGUGAAGAAAGAGGACGCUGGGCUAUACGAGUGUCAGAUCCAAACCGACCCAAUCCAAAAACGAUUAAUCCAGUUAAGUAUCACCGACGCGUACUCUAUGAUCCCUGGUGGGCCGAAUCUACACGUGAAACAAGGAUCCAGCCUUCGACUCGAAUGCCAGUUAAUGGCUUCGGCGGAAGCGCCCAGCUUUAUUUUCUGGUACCGACAGGGUCGCAUGAUUAAUUACGACAAUGAGCCGGGUGUCACGGUCGAGGCAACGAAAAACGGUUCUAUUCUGACCGUUGACAAAGUCAAGACUUCCCACGGUGCCAAUUACACCUGUUUACCAAGCAACGCCAGGGCUGCCUACAUCAUGAUUCACGUGAUCGAGGAAGAGGAAAAGCCAGCGGCGAUGCACGGGGGCGAUCGGCGGAACUCGACGCGUCGGGCAUCCAUCAACGUCAUGUUGAUUUUUCUGAGUUUCCUCGGUGUACAGUGCACGGGCCGGCUCUGUCUGCAUCAUUCCCGCGUCACGUGACCAGCCCACCGUGUCAGCAUCGUCGCCGAAUUAGCAUUCACCGGGGACUCGAACAUUUCCCGACACCUUUCCCGUCAGCCCAGCGGCCGCGCGCCCGUUUUUCAUUUUCGCGGGCGUCUUUGAGCGACUUCGACCACCGGAAUUGGGAACGCCGCGUUCCCCGCGCGUCGGCUCGUCGCGAGAAGUUCGUUCCCGCGAGCGCUCGUUCCGCGCGGAACAGGAGACGCGCGUACCGUUUCUGCGGACAAAAAGGACCGUGUUCGAUCGAUCAUGCGAAACGUCGACUCGAAGUAAUCGUCGACCGAGGAGAAACGUCGUCCGGGCUCGAGCGAAGGCGAAACGCGAUACGAAGGGGCUCGUAGCGUUUCAAAGUUACGGAAGCAGCCUGAAGUUCGCGGAUAGAAUUCGGGCCACGGUGGAACACUCGGCGCUGUCAUUAGAGGAACACUCGGAAUUGAAUAGCAUUCCGGCUUGUUGAUAUCGUGUGCGUGUCGUUUGAGUCCUCUUUCGUUACGCUGCGAGGUCCUGGAUGCGCGAUAUCAUUACAUUGCCGCGAUAUACAACGUGGGAGAAAGGUUUCCGUUACUCAAUGGCUGACGUUUGCUUUAGCCCGGCGAAAACGGUUGGACGCGAUACGCGCCGCCACACGGUGUUGUAGAAAAACUUCUCUUAUAUUAUGCAAGCCUCUAGCAGCCGCACUCUAGAAUGCCUCUUGCAACGAGAAAGAUACUUCACAAUUUCCGUCAGAGACCAUUGACGACGCUGCUGCAAAUGGUCUCGUCUACUUCCAACGGAAUAAUUCUGUUUCCUUGAUGAUGCGACGCGGAUGGCCAGGCGGAAUAUUGUAUAUUCGAGUCAGACCGUGCAAAGAGCGUGUUUCACACUUUCGGUAAUAAGCAGAGCAUUUCAGCGCAAACGCGGCGCGUGAAACUGCCGCGCCCAAUCAACGAGGCUACGCCUUUCGGCGCUAUUAGCGCGAGAAACGUUCGGUUGCGCGCGCGACCUGUCGCCGAGUGUCUUCACUAAUUAAGAAAAGGAAAAGCAACGCGAGACGUUCAGUCUAUAGAGCGGGUGUGUCACGAGCAUUCAGCGGCCGCGCGCGUAUUCACGGUUUUCGGCGGCUUUCUUUGACGCUCUGAAUGGAACGAGCAACGGCACGCGUCACCGAAGAAUAGAAAGGCCGACGUCGCUCUCGUAUAUCGGUAUGAAUUUAAUGCGCCGAAAGUUCUCCCACCUUUUCCACGGUCGCGUUCAAGCAGCCGCGAGACAAGCUCGAUAAACUUGAACGCGGUUGGAACGCGCGCGCCCAUUCAAGCUUGCGGGACCUUGCGAAUCGGCCGUGUUCCGAUGAAUGGCGAAGUCAUACACCACUGCGGCUAAGUGCUGCUCGCACGGCCUAUUCACAUACACGCGGCCGUCUCUCAUAUAAAUACCGUCAGCCAUUGUCUCUUAAAUUUCUUUCAAACGCGCCGCCCCGUUUCUCCUCCCGGCCUCGAUCUCUCGUUCACGAACGCUGCCACCGACAAUUUCGCCUUUCGUCGCGAACGGACGAUUGUACCCCGCCACGGAAUCCCGUGGUCGUUUUAAUUAACACUCCCCGUAGCCAGCGCGGACAGUCGCAAACGGGAACUCCGUGUCGCGGCUGCGACAGUGGCGACAUCUUGGCGGACACGACGCGACAACCAACGUCGAACUCGCGACACGCGUGUUCACGGGAUUGUGCAAAUCGUGCGAAUGGGUCACUCUUGUCUGCAGAAUUUUACUACUUCGUUGUGAGACACACCUGCGAAAAUUGACUCGUAGAAUCUCUGUUAUGGAAUUUGUACACGCGCGUCGUAUCGUUGUGUUGACUACGAUAUACAGUAAAUUCUCCCUAAUUCUCCGUCAGCUUGUGAACAAAAAUGGACGAUUUGGGAAGAGGAGAUACGA